GGGCAAUGCACGUGCCGUUGAAAUGCGCCUUCCCUGCAUUUCGGCACUUGCAAAGCAUCCCAACUAUUGUUGCUCUAGUCCAGCCGGCCGCUGCUUCACUUAUCGAUCCCACAACCUUCACUCUCUGGUCGUUCUCCAUCAAAACCUCUCAUUCUUGGGAUCUUCCUCUGUUCAACAAAUUCCUGAUAAGAACGACGAUAGCCAACUUGGAUAAUCCAUUACUCUCUACACCCAAGGCCCAACCCUCACUUUUCCUUCCACAUUGGCGUUUAUCGUUACCAAAAGGCGCUGUGGUUCUUGGUGGCAAGUCCAAGGUGGGAUCAUGGAAUAAACUGGCAAGCGCAUGUCAUAUCGCAUCAUUGCAUCCUUUCCGGCGAAGCUUUACAUCAUCUUCCAUAAGAUUUGACAAAACAUGUACAAGGGCAAUGGCUGAGUCUAGUGAAAACAAGCCAGUGUCAGGACUGCCAAUUGAUUUAAAAGGUAAAAGGGCUUUUAUUGCUGGCGUGGCUGAUGACAAUGGAUAUGGUUGGGCGAUUGCAAAAUCCCUUGCUGCUGCUGGAGCUGAAAUUCUUGUAGGCACGUGGGUACCUGCUUUGAACAUUUUUGAGUCUAGCUUGCGACGUGGAAAAUUUGACGACUCACGCUUAUUACCCGGUGGUUCGAUGAUGGAGAUCACUAAAGUUUAUCCCUUAGAUGCAGUUUUUGACAACCCUGCGGAUGUACCAGAAGACAUAAAAUCAAACAAGCGUUAUGCUGGAUCCUCUAAUUGGACUGUUCAGGAAGUGGCUGAAUCUGUUAAAAAAGACUUUGGCAGUAUAGAUGUCCUCGUGCACUCACUUGCCAAUGGACCUGAGGUGAGCAAACCAUUACUGGAGACAUCUCGAAAAGGAUAUCUUGCUGCAUUAUCUGCAUCUAGCUACUCUUAUGUCUCUUUACUCAAGCAUUUCCUUCCCAUUAUUAGCCCAGGUGGAUCUUCAAUCUCUCUUACAUACAUUGCUUCAGAGAGGAUUAUUCCUGGAUAUGGUGGGGGUAUGAGUUCUGCAAAAGCUGCAUUGGAAAGUGAUACACGAGUGCUUGCUUUUGAGGCGGGCAGAAAGCACAAAAUCAGAGUCAAUACGAUAUCUGCUGGUCCUUUGAGAAGUCGUGCUGCAAAAGCAAUUGGAUUCAUUGACAUGAUGAUUGAUUACUCAAUAGCGAAUGCACCCCUACAGAAAGAACUAUCAGCAGACGAGGUGGGCAACACAGCUGCCUUUCUAGCAUCCCCUUUGGCAUCUGCCAUCACUGGUGCUGUUAUAUAUGUGGACAAUGGCCUCAAUGCGAUGGGCGUUGGAGUUGACAGUCCAAUUUUCAAAGACUUGGAUAUUCCCAAGGACCAACACUAAAUCCCUCAACUAGGAAUCCAGGAGUUGAUACUAGCUCCCCCUUUCUAUUUUCCCCACCCCCAGAUGUCGUUAGCACCGCCCCCCAAAAACAAAAAUGAGUAUUUGCUCUUUUUUAGGCUCCUUUGUUAUUUUUCUCCCAUAAGAUUUCUCCCCCACCUGUAUUGUGUUGCUCAGCUGCGCAAGUCCCGCAAUUAUGACCAUCAUAAUCUAUACAUUGAUUCCAUCUGUUAGUGCAAUUUGUGUUGGCUGAAUGCCUGAAUCUGUAUAUUUGUUUUCAUCGAAUAAAGUUAGCUGCUGUAA